AUGCUUCACUCUCCUGAGCACCCACAGUACAUGUAUCUAUCAAGCCGAUACAUGACUCUCUCACGAGCAUGUCUGACAAUCGACUCGCCGAUAUCGAAUACUACCUCGACUUCGAUUGAUAUUCUCCUACUUCACAUCGCAUAUCUGUUUGCAUGCGACGAACCGCAUGCAUAUGCUCGCGCAGAGGCCCUGAUUGGAGUUUGCAUGAAGCUGGCUCAUUCAAUUGGUCUACACCGUGACCCAAGUCUAUGGGGUCUAUCCGCCGAGGAGAGUGCUCAGAGAAGACGUACAAUGUGGGAGCUUAUUUGCAUUGAUCUUUGGGCGGCUCUGUCCGCUGGACGACCGCCACUAACACUACGGCGGUAUAUUGACGUCAAGUUUCCUUUGGACCCUCCAGACGACAGCGACCCGAGCCCCAACUAUACUCGAGGCAAACACUACUUUUCAGAUGCCUGUCUUUGGCACGUCUUGGAACUUGGAUUGGCACCAGCCAACACAUCAACGUAUUCGACUGUUCUCAAGUUGGACCAAAAGAUUCGCAAGUAUACUUUACCACAAGGUUUCAGUGUGGCAGAACCCACGAAGCCGAUCGUGUGUAUCGAAGAAGAGGAGAGAAACGUUGUCGAUGCCGCUGAAAGUUUCCGUAAAGCGACGGUUAGCAUCUUCAGGGAGAUUGCCCUUUUGUGCUUGCACCGAUCCUACUUUGCAUCUGCAUUACUACUCCCUCCAUUUCAACCCUUUAAUUCACCAUACGCUCCGUCAUUCGCGUCGGCGUUUGCGUCGGCGUGUGCGAUCUUGACGGCUGUACGGGAUCUCUACUCACGGGAACCAAUUCUCAUCAUGCGCUUCGCCUGGUUUUGGACAUAUGGUUUCACAUGUGCUGUCAUUCUUGGUGUGCUUGUUGCGAGAACACCAGAUUGCGAGUUGGCUGAGCGCGCGUUGAAUGAGUUUGAUCUUAUAUUGGAAGUCUUUCGUCGGGCACAAGCGAAUCCUCGUGCGGGUAGAGGAUUGCCGGCACUCAUGCAGCUGAAUAAACGCGCGCAUGAUGCUAUGGAUGCAUAUAGGCUGGGUACAUGGACUCCACCGACAGCCACUGAUUCUAAGUUGUACCAUGGUCUCGGCGCAGCGGCGUCUAUACUGCAUUCUCAAGCUGCGAAGAAUGGAACCAUUCCUCCUGCAGGAGUGAAUGCCAUACUAUCAACGGAUACAUCGCGACCUCUGGCUCAUAAGCCAUCUCAAAUGACGCAGCAUCCACCUAUAUCUAACGUACAGGAAACAGUAUCCACUUCUUGGGACACGGCCACCCGUGCAUCGAAUCCGUCUACCAUACUGAAAUCCGCGGCUAGUAACGAUCCUUUCAACACAAGUGACCGGUUCAUGCAAGAUAUGGUCGAUGCAUCUUUCUUCCCUCCAACGCAAGAUCCAUUGAAUGGAACCGGAAACUGGUCACUGAAUCCACCAGAAGACCUCCCAACUGCCCAAGGCUUCGGGGAUGGUUACGCAGACUAUACUCAGCCAUUUGCCGUCCCACCAUUCAACUCUUCCGAGAACACGUCAUUCUCAACGUCACUUGCAGGGGAUUUCUUCACAUCUGCCGCUAAUCCUAUGAUCACUGGAAAUUCUACCGAAGACAAUCUCUCGCUAUGGGAUAGUCUACUACGAGAGUUUGGUGUAGCUAAUCCUACCCAGUUUUGA